UCUCUCUCUCUCCCCUCCUCCGAGAAGCUCUCUGUCUCUCUCUCUCUAGAAAUCGUUGAAGAAUCCUGAUUCCAUACCAAUGGCGACCUCGCUAGCUCGAAUCUCCAGAAGAUGCCUCACCCCGUCCCUGUCUUCGAAUCUGAUUCGGCGUCACUUCGCAGCGGAAGCUGUAGCGGUGGCGACGACGACGGAAGCUCCUAAGCCCAAAUCGGAGGUGACGCCGUCGGCGGAUCGGGCGAAGUGGGACUACAGAGGGCAGAGACAGAUCAUUCCUCUGGGACAGUGGCUACCCAAGGUCGCAGUCGACGCCUACGUGGCACCCAACGUUGUGUUGGCCGGUCAGGUCACAGUCUGGGACGGCUCGUCCGUCUGGAACGGCGCCGUUUUGAGAGGAGAUCUCGAUAAGAUCACCCUUGGCUUCUGCUCUAACGUCCAGGAACGGUGUGUUGUUCAUGCCGCCUGGUCGUCCCCAACAGGAUUACCAGCAGAGACAUUGAUCGAUAGGUAUGUGACGGUUGGUGCAUACAGUCUUUUAAGAUCAUGCACUAUCGAACCCGAAUGCAUCAUCGGGCAACACUCGAUUUUGAUGGAAGGUUCCCUGGUGGAGACUCGGUCGAUCCUGGAAGCUGGUUCCGUUGUUCCACCUGGGAGGAGAAUCCCAUCUGGUGAACUCUGGGGAGGCAACCCAGCAAGGUUUAUUCGAACGCUCACCAAUGAGGAAACCUUGGAGAUCCCGAAACUGGCUGUUGCCAUUAACCACCUUAGUGGAGACUACUUCUCUGAGUUCUUGCCUUACUCAACUGUCUAUCGUGAGGUUGAGAAGUUCAAGAAAUCCCUUGGGAUUGCUGUCUAGAAAGCUUUCCUUUUCUCAGGUUUUCUGGCUACUUCCCUCAUUUUGAAGAUUCCUUUUCUGUUUUCGAGUCGGAUCUUAAUAAGUAGCUGCGGAGCAAAACUCAGUUUCCAAAUGUUGUCUUUUCUGUUUAUUUUGUUAAAUUCAUAUCCUUGUGUUCGAACUUUCGAUAAUAAGAUGAUAAUGGUGAAAACGUUUUCCU